AUGCCAUCACAGAUAAUAGACCUCCCGCCCCCAAUCGACAUCGAGAGCAAUAGAGACGCUAGAGAAGACGACCCAGCGACGACAACAGAUCAAGACCAGAAGGUGGAUUCAACGCAACCAAGACAAGACGCAUUUGGUGAUGAAGAGUUUGCAGAGGUUAGAUACAAAGUGUUAAAGUGGUGGCAGUGUGGUCUCCUUCUAGUAGCCGAAACAAUAUCCCUGGGAGUCCUUUCAUUACCUCGAGCCGUCGCAGGGUUAGGCCUUGCUCCCGCCAUAGUCAUCCUGCUCAGCUUAGGACUGUUGGCUUCCUACACUGGCUACGUUAUCGGCCAGUUCAAAUGGAGAUAUCCGCAUAUAACUAGCAUGGCUGAUGCUGGAGAGGUAUUGAUGGGGCCGUUCGGUCGAGAGUUGUUCUUCACCGGGCAGAUUCUGUUUCUGAUCUUCCUGAUGGGGAGCCACAUAUUGACGUUCACGGUCGCUCUCAACACCCUCACCAACCAUGCCAUAUGCUCUAUUGCUUUUGGAAUUGCAGGAUUUGUGGUGUCACUUGUUCUUUCAUUGCCACGGACGAUGAAGAAUAUGUCGUGGCUAUCGUUGGCCUCAUUCAUCAGCAUACUGAGCGCUGUUAUCAUCACAAUGAUCGCAGUUGCCAUCCAACACCCUGGAGCAGUUGCGAAGGCCACAGUCGAGACAAAUCUCGUCAAUGGAUUUACCUCCGCCUUGAACAUCGUUUUAUCAUACGCAAGUCACAACGCGUUCUUCAGUGUUAUCGCUGAACUGAAGGACCCUAAGGACUUUCCCAAGGCUCUCACUCUGCUGCAGUGCAUCGAUAUUUCCAUUUACCUUGUCGCAGCCGUUGUUAUAUACACCUAUGCCGGGGAUAGUGUUGCAUCUCCAGCGCUCGGAUCACUCUCUCCACUGCUGUCGAAGAUUGCAUAUGGAAUCGCACUACCAACUAUCAUCAUUGCAGGUGUCAUAAACGGACACAUUGCCUGCAAAUCUAUCUACACUCGGGUAUUUGCGGGUACCGACAGAAUGCAGAAGCGAGACUUCGUUGCAAUCGGAUCUUGGAUUGGUAUCGGGGUCGGCCUUUGGAUUAUCGCCUGGAUUAUUGCAUCUGCUAUUCCGGUUUUCAGCAAUCUUCUCAGUUUGAUGACCGCGCUUUUCGCUAGUUGGUUCAGUUUCGGUGUUCCCGGGGCGUUCUGGCUCUUCAUGAACAAGGGCCUGUGGUUUGCAUCGUGGAAAAAGAUCGCUCUGACAUGCCUCAAUAUAUUCUGUAUCCUGAUCGGUUCGAUCAUGUGCGCUCUCGGUUUAUAUGCUUCCGGAAAAGCCAUCCAUGACGACCCUAGCAGUGCCAGUUUUUCAUGUGCUAAUAAUGCAUGA